AUGACACAGUCAGACUAUAAUGGAUUGUUUGCGAUGGAGGAACUCAACUAUCAAGUGGUGUUUACUCGUAAUCAUUUCUCUUAUACUGGUGGUGUGAAAACCAUUUUCAAUGAUGUUGAUUUUUCUGCUAUGACAUAUUCUGAAUGUUUGACGUUCUUUGAACGUUUCAAGCAUGAAGAAUUUUCUGUUUAUGCGGAUCAUAUUGGGGUUGGUGUAGAUGAGUGCUUUAAUGAUGACGAUAAUGAAGAUGAUGAACGUGAGUCUUGUAUUGAUGGUGAAAAUAAAGAUAAGAUAAAUGAUCUCAGGAAUGUGGAUGCGUAA